AUGGAGAAUAAUUUGAACAAGAAUUCCGAAGACGCAUUACUAAGAUGGAGGAAGAUAAAUCGUCUUAUAAAGAAUCGUAAGAAAUGGAUUGGUUUCACUGCUGACCUCACCAACACUCUUCCGGAUAUGCGUCUCAAUCAGCCAAAUGGCCUCAAACUACCCUUCCAUGUCAUAAAAGAUUGUACCCAAGACUUCAACAACAAAAAUUUCAUUGGGAAGGGUGGUUAUGGAAGUGUCUACAAGGGAAUCCUCACAUGGGGAGAUCAUAUACACCAACUAGUUGCUGUAAAGCGGCUAGAUGUCAACGGAUUUCAAGGCAACAAGGAGUUUCGAACAGAGGUUGCAAUGCUUUCCGAGUAUCAACACAAAAACAUUAUAAAACUUAUAGGAUUUUGUGAUGAUAACAAGGAGAUGAUCCUUGUUUACGAAUAUGCAAGCCAUGGAAGCCUUGACAAAUAUUUAAGUGACACUACAAUGUCGGGUGGGCUAUCUUGGUCACAACUCCAUAAAAUAUGUAUUGGUGUUGCUUCUGCAUUGGACUAUCUUCAUAACCAAGUGGCUGAAAAACAUAGAAUAAUACAUCGCGAUGUGAAAAGUGCAAAUGUGUUAUUGGAUGAGAAUUGGAAUGCAAAACUUUCCGAUUUUGGUUUGGCUAGAAUAGGUUUAGCAAAUCAACAAAACACCUUUGUGAUCACCAACCCUGCUGGAACAUAUGGUUAUACUGACCCACAAUACGAAAGAACAGGGUUUUUAACCAAAGAGUCGGACGUUUAUUCAUUUGGUGUGGUUUUGUUUGAAGUUUUGUGUGGAAGGUUGGCGUGUGUUUCCAGUUACCAUGAUGAGCGGCGAUUCCUACAUCAUUUGGCUCGAACCUGCUACAAAAAUGGAGAGUUGGAUAAGAUUAUUGAUCAAAGAAUAAAGAAAGAUAUCAAUUCAGGAACAUUAAGCAUGUUUUCAGCUAUUGCAUAUCAAUGCUUACAAGAAACUCGGGAGGAACGACCUACAAUUGCUGAGGUUGCAUUCCAACUUAAGGAAGCCUACAAAAUCAAAUUUACACAAGUUUUCAAGAUAAGAAGAUGAAACCAUCCUCGGUCGAUUCACAAAAAUGAAUCUUUGGUGAGUCUUUAUAAUUAAGGGAGACAUGGAUGAAUUAAAAUCUAAAGUAAAACAUGGGUUUUAUGAUUGUCUAUGGACUGUAUCGUUGAAUAAUCAUCUUAUCAUUACAAUUAAAAUUGUAAGAAAAAAAAUUAAUGCAACCACCUGUAUCAGGAUAUGAAUAAAUGACUAUAAGUCACAUAUCUUAUGUGCAAAAUUGUAAUGUACCCAACCAUAUUGUCACCUAUAAAAGGAGAAGGAAUAAGGCAAAGCCGACAAGUAGUAGAAUGGAAAAUGACGUGGACACAAUUUGGAACCAUAUGGGAUGACCAAGGGCAGAAUAGGGAUUAGCCCCAGAAUAAUCUCUAUUUACGUAAGUGGCGUAUCCAUGUUGAGAGGCAGCUGAUUAUUGUGAGAACAUUCCCGUGGAGAGUGAUGGCUUCUCAAAGUGCUAUUCCAUAUCUUGUAAUUUUAGUAUUUCAAUCAAGCAAUCAUAUUCUGGUUAUCUUCGUGAAUUCUUAUCAUCUUACUGUUUGUUGGGAGUUACCUAUUUGUGGGUUUGAAGGCAUAACAAAAAUUUGACUGUAGAGGCAAUCUUGUUUAUUUUCUACUGCCCUCCAAUGUUGUAAAAAUUAUUGUGGUUUAUUGUAGUAUUUCAAUGUUGUAAGUUCGGUCAGGCUAUAUAUCGGUCAAAAGUUGGUAGCAAUCUACUAUUUGAAAUAUUUAUUUUAGUUUUUUUUAAAUUAUUAAACAUUUUAUGGUGAUGAGGAGUGAAGACUUUAAAGUAGUUUAAC